AUGAGAAACCCUACUAAGCAUACUGGUGUCAGAGAGAUUCAAACCAAAGUGGAAAGGAUUUCCAUUCAUAAGGAUCUUCAAAAGUUUCUUACAUCUAUGUUGAAGGAAGUGGAUUUCGAUGUUUUUCCAGAUGUUCAAACAUCUUUGGCAAAAGAAACUAACCCUGAUGGUGAAUCUAGUGAAAAGAAACCUCUUACCAUCAUCUUGGCUCCUGGAAUAGCCAAGAGACUUCAGAGAAGAAAAGGAAAGGAUGUGAUGUUUGAAGAUUAUCCUUCUAAGAAGAUAAAAAGAAAAUCUGGUGGUAUGAAAAGCACUCACCCUAGAAGUUCCAAAGGACAAUCUCAUGUUGGUCCUGCUAGAUCAUGGAGUAAAGUUGAUAUUCCUACGAGGAAGAGGAAAGUUGUUUCUUCUAGUGACUCUGAGUUUGAGGUCGAAGAGGAUGUCCAGGACAUCAUUCCUGUGAGAAGAUAUGCUCCAAAGGAACCAUAUGUUGUUGUGCCCGAGGCUCCACUGGACAAUGUGUCUUUACAUUAUAUGAAAAAUGCUGAAAGAUGGAAGUAUGUUAUUCAAAGAAGGAUAACUUUGGAGAGGGAAUUGGGUAAGGAUGCCCUAAAAUGUAAGGAGGUUGUGAAGCUUAUAGAGGUUGCUGGUUUGAUGAAGACUGUCACAAAAUUUGGUCUUUGUUAUGAAGGUCUAGUCAAUGAGUUUGUGGUGACCAUUCUUGAUGGGUGUGAUGAUGUGAAGAGUGAAGACUAUAGGAAGAUGUAUGUUAGAGGACAUGUUGUAACAUUUUCUCCUGCUGUAAUCAAGAAUUUUAUGGGAAAGACUGAAGAACCUCAGGCUGAGCUAGAGGUUACAGAUGACCAAGUGUGCAAGGAGAUAACUGCCAUGCAGGUGAAACACUAG